CCCUGGCAGUGCGGGCCGGUCGGGUCCAUGCGGGUCGCGCUGCGGGGGACGCUGCGGGCGGGCGGGGCCCUGCGCUCCGCCGCCCGCACCAUGGCGGCCUCCAGCACCACCGACGGCCGGGGCUCCCCGGCCACCGCCGGGAUCAUCAUCAUCGGUGACGAGAUCCUUAAGGGCCACACGCAGGACACCAACUCCUACUUCAUGUGCCGGCGGCUGCGUGACCUGGGCGUGCGGGUGGCGCGGGUGUCGGUGGUGCCCGACGAGGUGGAAGCCAUCGCCAGCGAGGUGGCCGCCUUCUCCUCCCGCUUCACCUACGUCCUGACCUCGGGGGGCAUCGGCCCCACGCACGACGACGUGACUUUUGAGGCUGUGGCUAAAGCUUUCGGGGAGAAGGUGACCCCCCACCCCGAGCUGGUGAGCCUGGUGCACAAGUUCUUCGGCAAGACAGAGGCGCAGUGCCCCGAGAUGAAGCUGGCUCGUGUCCCCGAGUCCUCCCGCCUCAACUACGGCACCGACGGGCGCACGGGUGGCACCUUCAAGUACCCCUUGGUCAGCGUCCGCAACGUCUACAUCUUCCCUGGCAUCCCGGCCCUGAUGGAGCGUGCCCUGGACGGCCUCACACACCUCUUCCGCAGCCAGCGGACCCGCUUCCAUUCCCGCACCAUCUACGUGGCUGCCGACGAGAUCCUCAUCGCUCCCGCCUUGGACCAGGCCAACGCCGCCUUCCAGGGCCGGGUCAGCUUGGGUUCCUACCCGGACUGGGUCAACAACUACUACCGUGUGAAGCUGACGUUGGACUCGGAGUCGGAGCAGGAGCUGGAGGAUGCCUAUGGCUUCCUGAUGGAGAAGCUGCCUCCAGGAGUUGUUGUACCCUUGGUGACCGACUGUGUCUCGCCAGCAGCUGCCCAGGUUUAUGGCCUGGCUGAGUCAGGCUCAGCCCUGGGGCAGAAGGUGGCAGCAGCUCUGCAGACCAUCGAGGCAGCUCUGGACAGAUACAGCCUGGCCCAGCUCUGCGUGGGCUUCAACGGGGGCAAGGACUGCACAGCUCUGUUGCACCUCGUCCACGCUGCUGUGGAGAGGCGGUACCCGGCCGGGAGGGAGAAGCUGCAGGUGCUCUACAUCCGCCUUGUCUCCCCUUUCCCUGAGAUGGAGCAGUUCAUCCAGACCACAGUCCAGAGGUACCAGGUCCGACUCUGCACGGUGGAAGGUUCCAUGCGGGAGGCCCUGGGUCGCCUGAAGGAGCAGGAGCCACAGCUGGAGGCUGUCCUGAUGGGGACACGGCGCACGGACCCCUACUCACGCACCCUGACCCCCAUGUGCCCCACAGACCCCGACUGGCCCCCCUACAUGCGGGUCAACCCCUUGCUGGACUGGACCUACCGGGACAUCUGGGAGUUUCUGCGCCAGCUCUUUGUCCCUUACUGCAUCCUCUACGACAAGGGCUACACCUCCCUGGGGAGCACGGCCAACACCCUGAAGAACCCAGCCCUGCGUUACACCGACGAGCGGGGCCGGGAGAGCUACCGGCCUGCCUACCAGCUGGAAAACGAGGAAGAGGAGCGCACAUCCCGGCAGUGAAGGCUCGAGGGAGGAGGGGGCUGCUCUCUGGGAAGCUCCACAGCUGCCCCGCAGCACUCGGGGUGACACUGAAUAAAGCUGCUGUGCUCAGCCUGCCUCACGCGUGGCCGGACGCUGCUUUUGGGCCCCGCAGGGCUCUGGGGGUGAGGCCAAACAAAAGGGUUCCCCCCCCCACUCCCCCCACAGGGUUCCCUCCCCCUAUUGUGGUGGCUUUUGAAGCCUGGAGAAUGCAGCAGGUUCCAGCUCUUGCUGGGGAACCAACGCUGUUCCCAGAUCCCACUGCUCCCUCCUCAGCCAUGCGUUCUCUCCGGACCGUGGCUGCGUGUCCCCCUGGUGCUGCUCGGCCCCCCAUGCCCCCCGGGGCUCUGCCUGUGCCCCCCAGCUCCUCGCUGGGGCUCCGCUUGGGUUCCUGGCUGCUGCGGCUGCUGCGGGAAUGCGUUUACCUCCUGCUCUGCAGCUGGUGCAUCCGGGAGCUGCUGGACUAGGGAAGGGCCACCCCAGGGCUG